AUGAGAGUUCCGUUCCCAGCCGCUCUGCGUAUUGGGAUCGACAUCAUCGCGACCAACCGUAUUCUCUGUCCGCUCAAGCCUGAUGGUAAACGCUUGGGUAAACUAACGGCACGGUUUCUUCAUGCAAAGGAGCUGGACGAUCUUAGCCGUCGUUAUCCAUUAUGGACACAGUUGGAAUCUCUGGAUGAGUCAAACCGACGACAGAUUGCGUGCUGGAUCGCUGGACGAUGGGCAGCCAAAGAGGCCGCAAAGAAAGCUUGGGACGCUACGUUGUUAGGCUUUCGCGACUUGAGGGUCGAGACCGAGAUCGGAGGCAGCGUAAACAUCAUCUGCGACACAAACCCAGAUCCGAAUACGUCGUUCCGCGGCAAAUUCACCGAACAGAUUGCGCGAUUAAGUAUCAGUCACGACGGAGACUACACCAUCGCAACCGUCCUCGCGACCCCUUUGCACAAGGACAUCUCAACCAUCUUAAAGCUUAGAAAAACAGAGGCAGAAGCGAGACUGGCUGGAUCAAAUCAAUAA